UGGCUACUGCGAUUGGCUAGCUUCCGGUUGCCAUGCUGCUUCGCGCCUGCGCACUUGGCGUGUGUGACUUUGCGCGGCUGCUGCCUACCGCAAGUCCUAUGUCGGCUGCGCACAGACCCGGGGAUGGCAGCGGCUACUACACUGGCGGGGAGGCGGCGUCCCGGCAGGAGGGCGAGGAGACGGCCGGCUGGGGCCACGGGUAUUACCCUCAGGAGCCUGGAAGAAGCUGGGCCGGAGGUGGGGAGAUGGGAAGAGCCGCCAGUGCCCAGGAUAUUCAGAUUGAGCUGGAACAUGUACGAAACAUCUUACAGAGUAAUCCAUAUUCUGGGUAUGAUCAAAGUGGCUGGUCCUCUGCAGGCCGCCCCCGCCCUCCUUACCCUCCCAAUUACACAGUUGGUGGGCAGGGGAUAGAGCCAUACACAAAUGGUUCAUACGGGGUGCCCUACACCCAGUCCUCAAUGAGUCAGGCUUAUCCUUGCCUCCACCCAGCAAAUCCUUACUACCCUCCUACUGCACAACCUGCUUACCCUGUGGAUCCGUACAAGCCAGCCAUGCAGCCGAGUGCUCCACACGCCGCCCCUCAUUGGGGAUACCCUCAGCAAGGUCACAACAUAUCUCCACAGCGUCCGCCGUUUCCUCAGUACCAGACUCCGCAAACAAUGCCCCAGCAGAGCCCAAGAGAGGAGAGCUGGAAUGUGUACGGAGGCCCCAACCAUUACCAGUGGCAUAAUGCUCCACCUCCACCUGCACCGCACAACCCAAACGGCAGUCAUUACUUGACAAGUGGAAGAGCACCGUGGCCAGGAGGAGAUGUGCAAUCCGCUGUGUAUGAUGGAAAGGAUACCCCUCAAGCACCUAACUACAACCAACAGAGGCCAUUCACAGGCUAUCAUCCUGAUGUUUCUCAGCAAGGCCCGGUUCCUGAAGCCAAGCCUAGCCCCGUUCCUUCUAAUCCCCAUUACAGCGCCUCUCCCCAAAUGUACAACAGGAAGGAGGCUCCGAGCCAAGAACCCGAUCCUAGGGCCAAGGAAGUCAAUCCUGGCACCUAUCCCGGCACCCACCCUAGCAUUGUGAAGAUCAACCAGGUGCUGGAAAGGGUGGUGGAACUCGAAAGAGAGGUGGAUGAGUUUGUAGGGAGAAAGACUGACAUGAGUUAUCGGUGUUUAGAAGAGCUGCUGACCAAGGAAUUAUUAGAAAUAGAUUCGGUAGAAACUGAUGGGCAGGAUGGUAUUCGGCAGGCACGGAAAGAUGCUGUCCGGAAACUGCAGAUGAUUCUGGAGUCACUGGAGAGAAAAGGACUGUGAAUAUUCCUCGGGUCCCUUUGGGGAGACCAGUCAGGGCAUUCUUGAAUAAAUAAUGUCGAGAUCCCAUUAAGAUCGUUUCUGGCCAUGGAAAACUGAAUAUCUGAGGUGUUAAAGAGAAGACAACGAGAAAAUUAUGACCAGCCUCCAGAAGAGCGUCUAUGGUCUUCUGAGGCAUAAGACAACAGGGCAUUCAAUACAAAAUAGACUACCAUUAUUCGUGUCACCUCUGGUAACAGAAAAAGAACGUAAUUACCAGGGACCUGUCCAAAGAAAACAACGGAAUUUCUCUGGUAAGCUAGUUUCUUCGUAGACAUUUGGAAAUAGGUUUUAACUAUUUAAAACCAUUUGAUGAUGAACUCUGAUAAAGUAACCAACUACAGCCCAUCAUUGGAUUAUUUACAAAUGCAUCAUGUGGGAUCUGCUCUUCUGACAGAAGCUCCACCCCAAGCCUAAAACUAAAUCCUCACUUGCCCUGCCAUUUUGGUUUCUUUGGGACUGUGGGCAUUAUAACGAUUUUUCGGUUAAAGAUCUUGUGGAAAAAGGGGGACUGUCCCUGGGAAAACCAAGGCAUGUGGGAGCCCUACACCAUGAAAACCUUUCUGUGGUUUCUGCAAUUAUUAUUAUUUUUUUACCCCCUGGAUUGUAAAUGCAGGGGAUGCUAAACAUAAAUUGGCUUAUCUGUAGACAUAGGUGUAUUAGCUUCGUAGACGGAGUACAGGCUGACUGCAGUGUCCUCCUGUGGGAUUAGUGCAGGGCAGGCUACUGCAUUAGUAACAUACUGUAUCUCCAUACGCAAUCACAGCUUUAUCAGAAUUUAAUGCAUUUCAGGGAGGUUCCCGGAAUACACACGUACGCACAGUGUUUGUAGGUGUCAUCAGCGCUGUUAGAUAUAAGCCAGUUUGUAUUUUAGUGUCCCCAGUCCUAACAUGCACAUGAUUUUUAUUUCAUCUGAGGUAUAUACAUACUGUUUCUGGAAGAUUGUGUAUGGAUACCUCUUAAUUAAAAGUGUUUGAACUCGGGGAAAAAUUAGACAAUCGUACACAUUAUUACAGAAGGGUCGUGAUUAUCCUGCCAGUUAUUUCAGGAAAAAGACAGCAGAACGAUUUUGGAAUUAAAAAUAAAAUAUGAAUGGGAAACUGAAAGCGGUUCUGUGCAAAGCCCUGAUGUAGGGGAAGUGUUCACUGUAUCCGCAUGGGAUCACACAGGGCUUGAAGCCCAACACCUGCAGCUGUGUUGUGUAUAACUGAAAGAAUUUAUAUUUGCACUGAGGAUUGCAGAUUGCUGUGUGUGUUAUAUACAUACACACUUGUUAAGUUUCAUAAAUAAAGCCAUACAGAGACAA